AUGGAUAGGGAGCAAAGUGUAGACAGGGCAAUGAGCGAGUUGUUCAAGAUUAACAAGAUCGACAUCUUGAACAACCCUGUCAAGUACGAAUCACCAAUGAUGGACUCAACUGGCUCACCAAUGAACAGCACCUUUAUUGCAUUGUCCACCAGCAGUAUCAAUAGCAGUAGUAGUGGUGCUGGAGCCAAUAAGAUAUCACCUUCUUCGUCUGCAGAGUGGUCCAUCGACUCGGACAAGGACAAGAAGACGAGACGAUUCUCAUUAUACGUCUAUCAGAAGCCAACGGAUGAACAGAGAAAGCAGAUAUCAGAGCUCUACGGUUACAUGUCACAGAGUGACGGUCAGAGCUAUACAUACUCACAUGACUCGAGCCAUGGCAUUCUCGGUGAGGAUGUGCCAAGUACAUUAUCAAGGACUACAUCUUUGAGCAUAAAUGAUAUCAAUCUCAACAGCAGUAACAGUAACAACAACAACAACAACAAUAACAGCCAUAACAAUUACAACAACGUUAACAAUAAGACAAAUGAUAUCAACCAAUCCACACCAAUAUCCAAAACAACUACCAUCAACAAUACCUCAUUACCUCAACAACAACAACAACAACAGGCACAAGCACAACAACAGAUACUUGCCUAUCCACAUACAGUUGUUCCAUACAACCUGCCACCAGCUAUUGACUCGAUGAUACCCGAGCCAAAGACCUUAAAACCACCCGACCCCAGUCAACUUCCACACUCAUAUCUCUCGACAGUGGCCAAGUACCCUAACUCUUACAGCGAGGCCAUUCGCGCCAGUGGAGCGUAUAAGCCCUCCUAUGUACCACCCGGCUACAUUGCACAGCCUGGGGGAGGGUACGCCGCCGAUGAAUACAACGAAAAGGAGUCGAUCCUCAAGCCAAUAUUGCAUCCGCCACUCUCCAGCGCCAAGGACUGGAAUGCAGAGUACCAGACAUUGGUCAACAACAACAAGAUGGAGGGCUAUCGUGAUCUGUCAAAGUUGGCACACGACUUUGUCUACACUGCAAAGAUAUAUGGCAAGGUUAUCAUUUCGGAGCUUACCCUGCCGCUACACCUAAAGACCAUCAAACCCAUCAACAUUGGUGGCGUUGCUGGUGGCCACAAGUACAUUGCAUUGGGCAUAUUGUUCAAGCUUGCACUUGAUUCACAAGGUCUCUAUGUUGGAGACCAAAACGCAAUGAAAGCAGCUGGUCAUGAGUUGAAGGGUCUUAUGAGCUACUACAAUGCGCGCGUCGAUGGUCUUCAUCACCCUUUGAUGGCAUUGAUCGACUACCGAGGCUACAGACUGGUGGCCAUGUCAUUGUUGCCCAUCAAUGGCGAGACCAUCGUUUAUGGCAGCAGUGAUGGUGGAAUCACUGUGCACAAUCAGAACGAACUGUUCAAUGAGAAGAUGAAGAAAUCGGCAUCGAUCCUCAACAUCAAGGAACACAUGGUUGGACGAGACAAUCCAAAGCUCCUACAUUGUUGUGGCGAUAUCGAAGGACACAUUGGCUCCGAUGGUCACUUCUACCUGUUGGACUUUGCAAGAGUUUUCCCACCCAUUCUCAAACUCAAUGAUCACAGUCCACCAAGUCAUCUAUAUGAACUCAUUAGGCCUGAGUUGGUCAAAUCAAACACCAAGCCCUUGUCGUCUGAUGCUUUCACUGGUUGGGGAAAAUUCGACCCAAACACUCAUGAACACAAUUAUGAGGUCAAGGAGGCAUCAUAUCGAUUGUUCCUACAGGUUAUACCAAAGUUUGCCAGCUUCUUGCAAUCACUGGAGAUAACAGAUAUGAAUGAGUUGCAUCUCACACAGGAGCUUCAUCGUGUGGGCAUCAACUGCAGAUACAUGGGACUGGUUCGACGAUUGGUCCGAUGUCAGUCACUUCGUAGGAUGAUGCUGGGUGAGAUCUUGGCACGAACCAUGAAGUGUGAGAUCAUGGCACUAUUCAGAGGCAAGAUGAAGACAGCGGACACACCCUCUGAAGAACCAUUCAAGGACGUCGUAGUCACAUAUUUGAAUAGGAUAUUCAAAUACGAACACUCAUCCAAGGGAAAGCAAUGGCCUGCAUCCUUAAGAACAUCCAUAUCAAAGAAGUUCUGGGGAACUUUCCAAAUCAUGCCAAAGGAUAGAGAGAGCAUUUCAUUCGAAUCUAUCCUCAACAAGAGAUUUGAUGAGGACAAGCUACAACGCCACAUUAGAUCCAGUGAGCUACUAGAGGAGGAUAUGCUCAUAGAUGAUGUGGACAUACAGGUGGUGAUGAAGCGAUUCAAUCAGCUGACUGGAGUGGGUCUGACAAAGCGAGCCAUGAAGGAGAUCCUCAAGCAGGACCGAAUUCGAUUGGUGCCAUCAGACGUCAAGAGAAUGAAGGCAAAGGUGAAGACACAUCAUCUUGUUGAGUUUGCCGAAGGAAUGGUACUCUGGGACGAGGCCAAGAAGGAGAAGAACAGAGAGAAGCUAUGUGGACGACAACCAACACCAGAGUCUGAGAACAGUGAUAGAAUAGCCGAGCGUUUGUUGACAUUGGCCGACGACCACUUCAGAAGUGCCCUGGCACUCUCUCCGCACAGUGGUGAGGUUAGUGCCAACUGGGCAUUGAUGCUCGUGGAGUGCGCCAGGAUCACCCGAAUGAACAACCCCAAAGAGGCAGACAUCCACUACAGCGCAGCAGAGGAAAAGCUCAGAACGAGUGUAUGCGACGGUGGCAAACCAAAGAUCACGCUUGACAAUGUUCUGUUGGAGUAUGCCGAGUUCCUUUGCAUUUGGGGCACACAUCACCACCUAGAGCUCGAUAUGAACGAGGCCAAUGGACUGCGAAGCAAGGUCUUCAAUCGUGCCGGUCGCAAGAUAAUGGAGGCCAUUCAAAUCAAUCCAUCAAAGUUCACUCUGGUCAUGCAAAAGGCCAAUCACUUGGAGAAGAGCUUCCACGAGUCUGAGAGCUUCAAGGAAGCGGCAGCAUACUAUGCCGGCUGUGCCGCCAUCAUGAAUUGUUUGAUACUGUGCUUUGAGAAGUUGCCCGCCUCACAUCAUCGUGAGAUUGCUGAUGCGAUCACACAGAACCUAUCGCCAAUUCAAUUGAUCAUGAAGGAGAAGGAGGCAUCCGAGUCCCCCGAUCUGGUUCAUCGUUCCAUCGAUGACACAUUCAGCUACACGAGCACUGUGUCCUGUCGUAAGGACGAGAACGAGAUCAAGAAGCUGUUGGAGAUCGAUCCAUUCGCAAUCAUUCGCAUUGAGAUGGGUUACUCCUACAUUCGCUACGGAUACCUGUCACAUGUCUAUGGAAUCAUGUGCUCCAAGCGCAACCACACCAAGAUGGCCAGUAUCAAGCUUCUGAAAAAGUCUGGCUCCUUGUUCCAGAAGGGCAUCGACAUGGACCCCUACAACAGAGACAUUCUGGUGGACCACAUCAAGCGAUUCACGUCAUCCAGCCAGUUUGUAGAGUUCUAUCAAACGGCCAUUGGUUGCCCCUCUAUCUUGGACUUUGUCGAGGACCGUCUCUUGAGAAUCGCUCAUAUGUCUCUCAAGGACUGCUCGCAUCUUCCCAUCGAGUUCAUUGAGGGAAUAAUCGAGUAUUCACCCAAGGUGAAGAUGCUUGUUCUGGACGGAUGCACUCAGAUCACAGACUCCACAAUUGAGUUGAUUGUCAAGAAACUACCAUAUCUUGAGUCGCUCAGCCUCACCAACUGUACAAAAGUCACCACAAUCAUAUCACCCGCUGUCCGCAAGCAGUACUCUGCCACUGCCUCCUCAUCAGACAAGCCAUUCCCUCAUUCGCCAGUGUCACUGGCACAUCACCAUCACUUUAGUAGUCAGGGCAAUCUCGCAGAUGCCUCGGAACGCGACAAAAAACAAACACGAUUCACUGGCGGUCAUCAUAUUGUUGGCGCAUCAAUCAACAUACUGGCAGCAUCUGCACUGGUCACACCACAUCAGUCUCAGCUAACGACACAACCCACGCCGCCUGCCAAGCCACUCUCCUUCCUUCAUACACUCAACCUCAACAAAUGUAAAUCAAUCACGGACGAGAAGUUGAUUGCCCUUGCCAAUCUGCAACUACCACUGGUCAACAUCUAUCUAAAGAAAUGCAACAUUGGCGAUCAGUCCAUCAUCCAGUUGUCCCAAAAUUGUCCCAAGCUAGCGAUCAUUAAGUUGAGCGGAUGCAAGAACAUUGGAGAUGCCUCAGUCUACUCGAUUGCCGUGUGCUGUCUAGGUCUGAGAGAGCUCAGUCUGAACGGUUGCCCGUUGGUCACAUCAAACUCUGUCGACAAGCUCAUUCGCACCCUUCACGACAUUCGUCUGAUAUCACUGUCCAACACACCAAUCGCUGCCAGUGACAACACACUUAGGCUCAUUGGCAAGUACUGUAAAGACAUUCAAUACGUCAGUCUGGCACACAACAACAUCAUCACAGAGACUGGAGUGUAUAGCCUCGUGAGACACAACAGCACGAUCCAAGAGCUCAAUAUCUCACAUUGUCCAAACAUCUCUGAUCAUGGUAUCACUCACAUUGCCCUCAACUGCAACAGACUGCGCAAGCUCAAGAUGGUUGGUUUGAACAACGUCACCACACUCAAGGCAAUUGGAAACAACUGCUCCGAGUUGGUCGAGUUGGACAUAUCAGAGUGUCACAAGAUCUCCUCGGACCUUGGCUACAUCACCAAGGGAUGUCCAAAGCUCACCAACUUUAGAUUGAGACGAUGCUAUGGAAUGCAGGAUCUGUCACUGCUGUCGGCAGAUGGAGAGAUGCACUCGAUGAACAAACUCACUGUUCUGGACUGGAGCUAUGGAAACAUCGAGUUCCAAACAAUCCAUUCGAUCACUCACUCUUGCAAGUCACUGACCUCGCUCAACAUCUCUUUCUGCAAGAGUCUGACCGAUACAUCUUUGGAGCGCAUUGCAUCGGACCUGACCAAUCUCAAGAAGCUAAAGAUAGACUCUAUCAUCAAUAUCACCGACGAUGGCAUCAAAGCAUUGUCAGAGGUACAGCCCUAUCCAAAGAUACAGGUGUUUUCAUUGGUUGGAUGUCGCAAGAUCAGCGAUAUUGCCGCGCAAUAUAUUCUGGAGCUUCAAGAUCUCAAGAAGCUCUCUCUUGGUGGCAGCUUGAUAACUACGGCUGGUGCUCAAAGAAUCGCCUCAGAGUCCUUUGAGCUGGUCAAGAUGAACAUUCGCAACUGUCUCAAUAUCAAUCCAGCAGCCAUCAGGGAGAAGCAUCCUCAUAUCAUUGUGCAGUCCACUCAGAAAGAGACUGCCUACUUCUCCGAGUAA